ACUAACGGCCCCCGUGGCCAUGUAUCACUUUGUGUCCGAGCAGACACCGGAACUGCGGCUCUCGGAGAAGGCACUCGUAACCAGCCACGUAACGCAGUAUUUAAAGAGCUUCCAGCUCGAUGCGGUGAGAUUCCUGUACGAACGCCUCACCAAGGGAGAGUUUUGCAUCCUCAACGAUGAGAGUGGGCUGGGGAAGUUGGCCUCCGUGGCGGCCCUGCUCAGUGCUCUGGAGCCCACCAAGAAAACGCUGAUUGUGCUGCAAAACGACGAUCAGCUCAUCGCGGGCUGGCAGUUUCACCUAAACACACUCACAGAUCUCUCCGUCUACACCAUUCAGAGUGUCCAAGACACCACCGAGUCGCCGCACAGCGUUUAUCUGGCCAAAUGGAGCAAUCUGCGCAGCAUCGGGGAUCUCAGCAAACUUAAAUUCGACUACGUCUUUGUGGACAAUCGCGGCCAUUCAUUGAACAACCACUUCUGCAACUCGAUGCUGGUGAAGCAUUUCGAAGGCAAAGUAAACAUUGUUAUCUCCAGUGUUGACAUAACGUCUGACGUGAAGCUCCUAUACAAUGUGUUGCGGCUGGGCGGACGCCUAGAGCAUCAGCACAGAAACUUUCAUAGUUUCGAUCGCAAGUUCCACCUGCCAGACCCCAAAGAAGUGUUCAGCAAGCGCAUAGAUCUCGAGGAGUACUACAAACAGCGGGGUUUUCUAAGUGAAUACAUAAAGGACUUUCGGCUGCGUCGCUUCCGCCACCAGUUCGAUCAGUGCCUGCCCCUUGUGCCGCUUGAGCAAUACAAGGCGAAUCUGAAUCUGUGGCUGGCCUCUAGGAACAGUCAGAGCACGCUCAGUGGUUCCUCGGAAGUCUGCUCCACAGUGGCAUCAUCUGUGGAGAUCAAUCCAGAAGAUCCCAUAGAAGAUCCAGGGAGGGCUGAGCCACUGUCGGAGCAUAGCAAUGAAGCCGUGAUCAUGCCGCCCUUGCUCUUUGAAUCAUCCGACUCGGAAGAUGAGCUAGUGAUGGUGCUCCCAUCAGAUGCUCCCGUUCUCGAGAACAAUGCAGUUAUGAUCGUCUCCAGCGAUGAUUGCGAGAUCAUUACUUCCCCAAGCACGCCGCCUUUGCGCAAGCAAUCAAAGGAGUCGCCUUCAAUUAAACCGAAGAGGAAAUACGUCAAACGCCAGCCUCCUGCCAAGCAGCCAGAACUUACCGAAUCGGAGCCAGAGGACGAAGAUAGUUCGAGGCAGAAAACGCGCUCAACUCCUGCUGCUGCUGUAUCGCCUACCGAAAAGACAAGAAAAGUCAAUGUUCGGCUGAGGAGAAUGUCUUUGGCGGCGCAACAGCGUGAGAGCACGCCACCUAAUAACGGAGCAGCACCGCCACUGGUGGCUCCCAAGACAGAGCCAACGGCCAAGCGCCGUCAGGUCUUGAGCCCAUCAUCACCAAUAAGACGUCCAACGACACGUGGAAUGCAGCGUCUGACGCGCUCCGCAGACGCGAAACUGAACAGCAAAUACUUGAUGCACAGAAUCAGAUUGGAAGACUGCAGAAAGACCACGCCCAGGAGACCUAAGGCGGAGUCCAGUCAAACUCCAAGGACAACCACAUCGAGGGGGAAGCAAGAGAUUGAUGUGCCGCCGGAAACGCCCAAGAGGCGACCAGGUCGUGGUCGUCCAGCCAAAAAAGCAAUCGAAGAGAAAUCCAACACCAGGACAACACCCAAGGCUGCAGAAGAAGCACCUAAGCGAAAACGAGGACGACAACCCAACAACGGACCGCAGGAGAGAGAGCCACCCGCACCCAAAUCAAAGGAAACGCCUUCCGUAAAGAACUCGAAGAUUAAACCCAUCGAUCCCACACCCCAAGUGGUGAGCAGCAGCUCUUUGUCAUCUGAGUACAUGCAGUGCGGGCAAAAGUUGCCGGACAACGUGGAUGUUCUGGGUCUGCCCGCCUUUCGCAUACCCUUCACGCCCCAGCCGGCGCCCCUGAUGCUACCAUCGACCUUCACACUGUUCAGCGACUCGGAAGUGCUGUCCGUUCCCCUGACCAGCCCACAGCGGCGGGAGACUGUGGUCAUUAGCAGCUCCCACGAUGAGAGCUCGCUGCCGUGCUCAUCCACGACGCAGAGCCGCCGCACGAAGGCACUGAAGCGGAAGCGGAAGCAGGAGACACCGACAAGUGGCUCCUCACACUUCGGACUGCUGCUCUCGCAGCAGCGAAACCCGAUUAAAUCCCCGGAUAUCUUUAGCAACUGCUCAGAAAUUUCUCAACUGACGUUGGCGCAGCCGCCGCCGAAGCCCUCGUCUCCCUUCGAGUUCGAAGGCUUCAAGAUCUUUGGGUCUGAAGUAAAGCAGUUCCAGCAGCAGCAUGCGAAGGCAGUUGUUGGACCUGCCAAGAAGAAGCGCGAACGCUCCUGCCUCGACAUCCUAGAGCAGAUGUUUGAGCCGCGUCCGCCGGUGACAUCCAGCCCGAGGGUCCUACCCAGCCUUCCGAAUGGAACACAGCCCUUGCAGCUGGAGCAGCAGCAGAACACGCCGAAAAUGAUAGCCCAACGGCGGCGUUCUUUUGUAGAGGAUGACUUCUUCGAGAUUACCAACAACGGGGAGUUUGGCAGCCGCCUGCGCAUCAACUCCUCGGGUGAUGUGUCACCUGUCCAGCAGGAACGCGCUACGCAGUCGAACAAGAUCACUAACUAUCUGAUUAGCUCGGGGCCAGAGAAGUCGAGCACCAGCAACAAUCGCACAUCUGCCACGCAAACGUUGCGCAAAUCUCCCAAAGCCGCCAGCAAGUCCACGCAGUCUACGAAGUUGACGCGUUGGUUUGGGGCCGCCUUUGGAGUCUCCUCCCAGAACAGCUCCAUAUCCGAGUCCCUGAGUGCACCCAGCACCCCCAUGGCGCCGUCGACGAGCGAGGCAGCUUGUCGGGCACGCUCAGCACGCAGUGCAGGACCAACCAAAAGGAAGCGUUUGGAUCUGUACAAGUGACACUGUCUAUACAGGUGGAGUCAGGCAGGACGGAGGCGAUUCAAUCAAAAUGCAUUCAUAAGUUAACAGAAUUCAGGGAAUCCCCCCGCACAGAAAUUAAGACUCUCUCGCAUGUAAUCCUAUCUAGAAAUAUCAAAAUGGUAUAAUGUUAACUGUAAAACAUUAAGCGAGCCGAUUAACUAGCCAAUUUAGUGGAAUACAAAUUUUCAUUUCUUCCAA